AUGGCUGCCCGUCCCACGAACAUCGGUAUCAAGGCCCUUGAGCUGUACUUCCCCAGCCAGGCAAUCUGCAGUUUUUCUGGCUGCUGCGCCCCGUCCUCGACGACGCCUCUAAUAUUUGUGCAGUGCGUCGACCAGGCCGAGCUCGAGAAGUUCGAUGGCGUCUCCCAGGGCAAAUACACGAUUGGCCUCGGCCAGACCAAGAUGUCCUUCUGCGACGACCGUGAGGACAUCUACUCUCUCGCCCUGACAACCCUCUCCUCGCUGUUCAACAAGUACAACGUCGACCCCAAGUCCAUUGGCCGCUUGGAAGUCGGCACUGAGACGCUGCUCGACAAGUCCAAGUCGGUCAAAACCGUCUUGAUGCAAUUGUUCGAGGAAUCCGGCAACUUUAACGUCGAGGGCGUGGAUACCGUGAAUGCGUGCUACGGCGGAACGAACGCGCUGUUCAACAGCGUCAAUUGGAUAGAAUCCUCGGCAUGGGAUGGGCGUGACGCGGUCGUCGUGACAGGCGACAUUGCCCUGUACAAGAAGGGUAACGCCCGUCCGACCGGUGGAGCGGGCUGUGUGGCUAUGCUGAUCGGCCCUGAUGCGCCCAUCGUCAUGGAGCCAGGCCUACGCGGCACCUACAUCACCCACGCCUACGAUUUCUACAAGCCCGAUUUGACGAGCGAAUACCCUGUUGUCGAUGGCCACUAUUCCAUCCGAUGCUACACCGAGGCGGUCGACGCCUGCUACAAAGCAUACAACGCCCGCCAGGAGAGCCUGAAGGCUCGGGCAAAUGGCGUCGCGAACGGAGUCAAUGGUCACUCUCAGGAGCAGGAGCAGGAGCAGGAGCAGGAGCAGGAGACGCCCCUAGACCGAUUCGACUACAUGUGCUUCCACGCCCCCACCUGCAAGCUCGUAUCCAAAUCGUACGCGCGCCUGCUCUACAAUGACUUCCUGGUGAACCCAUCGAACCCGCUGUUCGCCGAGGUCCCUGCUGAACUCAGGGAUCUUGAUUAUGCCGCCUCCAUCACAGAUAAGGCGGUAGAGAAGACCUUCAUGGCGCUCGCAAAGAAGCGAUUCGCUGCCCGCGUGCAGCCCGGCAUUCAGGUGCCGACCAUGUGCGGGAACAUGUACUGUGGCAGUGUCUACGGCAGCUUGUGCAGCCUGCUUGCCAACGUUGACAACCAGACCGCGCAAGGCAAGCGCAUUGGAAUCUUCAGCUAUGGAAGCGGUCUUGCUUCCUCUAUGUUCUCCCUCAAGGUGAAGGGAAGCGUUGCCGAAAUCCAGAAGCAGCUGGACAUCCACUCCCGUCUGGAAUCCCGACGCACUGUUCCUCCCCAGGUAUAUGACGAUAUGUGCAACCUCCGCGAGCGAGCUCACCUCAAGAAAGAGUACACCCCUGAGGGAAGCACCGAGCACAUGUUCCCCGGCACGUAUUACCUCACGAACAUUGACGGCAUGUUCCGACGAUUCUACGAGAUUAAGCAGUAG